AUGCGGCUGCUACUGCCUCUGUUCGCUGUAGUUCUGCUCUCCAGCCUGUGCCAUUGUGAUAAUGACAGUAAUGAUGCCAACGAUAGUGUCGAGGAUGACAAAAAAUCAACCAAUAAGUAUAAAAGUACACCUUCCAAAGCGACAACCCAGGCAAAACCGACAAAAGUAACCGUGGAUGACAAGAAAGGAAAGGAAACUAAGACUGAAAAAACCAAAAAGCCUACCAGCCCUAAAACAACCAAGUCUACAACUUUGAAGCCUACCAAGACGACGUCCACGAAAAAACCAGUUACUACAAAAAAGAAUGGAAAAACGGAGAAGACCAAGACUCCAAUUCCAACCACCAGAACUACCACAACCACCACCACCACUACCCCAACUACGUCCACACCAUAA